ACUACACAGAUCGGAGUAUACGUAAGGUGACAACUGCCAAGGAAAGACAAGGGGCAGCGAGAUAUUGAUUUUGCCUUCAGUCUGCACUGUUGGAUAACCUGGAAUUCUAGUCACGAUUUUGGAGUCACUAAACAGGGGCUCUAAGAAUUGAGCCCGAAGAAGGAUAUAUCUUUUGACCCUUUAAUUUCCCUUUGGUAUUUUAUCCUGGGAAUAGGAGUUGUGUGCCUCAGUUCCGUGGGAGAAGCAAUUGCCUUUUGAGAAACAAAGAAUGGCAGCUUGGCUAACCUUUUCAGCCCUACUUAGCACAACGAUUUUAACGCAGGUAUUUGGAUCCGGUGUAUUCGAGGUCGAACUCCAGGAAUUUAAGAAUAACAAAGGCUUGCUGGCGAAUGGCAAUGCCUGCAAACCCGACUGCAGAACUUUUUUCCGAGUUUGCCUGAAGAACUACCAGGCUGUUGUGUCGCCUGGUGACUGCAUCUUCGGUACUGCCAUUACUCCCGUUUUAGGGUCAAAUUCGUUUAGCACAGUGGGAGGCGGCAUGCUCGGAAGACUGAUUCGCCUGCCGUUCAACUUUGGAUGGCCGGGAUCAUUUUCUUUAAUUAUCGAAGCCUGGUAUUCUCCUCUUGCGGAUCAACCUGUAGACACAAACAACCCCGAAUUAUUGAUUAGCUUUUUUGCCAUCCAAAGAAAGUUGGAAGUAGGGGAUGAGUGGUCUCGGGAUGUACAGGCCGGGAAGCAGACGGAGCUAAGGUAUUCUUACCGGUUCAUCUGCAAUGAAAAUUACUACGGCGAAAGUUGUUCCAAAAUAUGCGCUCCCAGGGACGACCGUUUUGGCCACUACACCUGCAACACUGAUGGGCAAAUAUCCUGUCUCCCUGGCUGGAAGGGGAAUUACUGCGACGAACCAUUAUGUCUUGAAGGGUGCAGCCCGAGGAAUGGGAAUUGUACAAAGCCGGGAGAGUGUGCGUGCAGGGAGGGCUGGCAGGGCACCUUCUGCAACGAGUGUAAGAAAUACCCGAAGUGCAAGCAUGGCACCUGUGAGCAGCCCUGGCAGUGCAACUGCAAAGAGGGCUGGGGAGGCCUGUUCUGCGACCAAGAUCUGAACUACUGCACACACCAUAGCCCGUGCCUCAAUGGCGCCACCUGCAUGAACACGGGCCAGGGAAGCUACACCUGCUCCUGCCGGGCCGGCUUCACAGGCGUCGACUGCAAGCUGAAGGUGAAGGAGUGCAACAGCAGUCCCUGCAGAAAUGGGGGGAAGUGCACGGACCUGGAUGGCUGGUACAGGUGCACGUGUCCACAGGGGUUCGAGGGUGUGCACUGUGAGCAUAGCCUGCUGACCUGUGCCGACUCACCCUGCUUCCACAGUGGGAAGUGCCAUGAGAAGGACAAUGGACGAAGCUAUGCCUGUGAAUGCCCACGCGGCUUCACUGGGCUCAACUGUGAGAAGAGGGUGGACAAAUGCACAUCCCUGCCCUGUGCAAAUGGUGGACUUUGUCUUCUCCAUGGCAGCGUGCGUGUGUGCAGCUGUCGAGCCGGCUUCACAGGCCAGCGCUGUGAAAUCAAUAUCAACGAGUGUGCCCAGAACCCCUGUGCCAAUGGCGGUACAUGCAUGGACCGCAUCAAUGGCUACAGCUGCACAUGCACCCCAGGUUAUGCUGGCCACAGCUGUGACAUCACCACGGACACUUGUGCUGCCCGGCCCUGCCUCAACAGGGCCACUUGCAUUGCUGGGGGUGAGGGACAGCCCACCAUGUGCGCCUGCGCUGCUGGCUUCACAGGGCCGCGAUGUGAGCACUUUGCCACCACCCUCCCCAUCGCAGCCACCGCCGAGCAUGACAGCCGUCUCCAGUGGGCUGCCAUUGCCCUGGGCAUGGCCCUGGUGGCUCUGCUUGUGCUCCUUGCCAUGGUAAUCGUUGCCCUUCGACAUGUCCGGAGGCUGGGGGCAGCUAGCGAGCAGGAUGAGGCUAUGAACAACAUCUCUGGGGUCCAGAGGGACAACCUGAUACCUGCCUCUCAGCUCAAAAACACAAACAAAACGGCCAGUCUGGAGGUGGACUGCAGUUUGGAAAAGACCAAUUACAAACACAACAACCACCACCUGGACUACAACUGGACAAAGGACUGCAAGCAGGAGUCAUCACACCAAGAUAAGAGCCACAACUAUGGGAAGUGUUUAGAAGAGAAGAUACCUUUGAGUAGAAUGUACAGUGAAAAGCUGGAGUGCAGAAUAUCAACAAUAUCUUCUCCACGGGACUUGGCAUACCAGUCGGUGUUCAUAAUAGCAGAGGAGAGGAAUGAGUGUGUCCUAGCAACUGAGGUGUAAACCAUGGAAGACAUCCAACAAGGAAAUAGACUGUUGAGGUGGAAGGUUCUCUGCCCUGUUUACAAAUAUUAACCGGGAGACUGGAAAUUAUUUAAAUGUGCAUUGCUGCUCUUAAACAUGUAAUAACUUGAGAGAGCAGUCAACUCCUCGACCUCUACUUUGGACAAAUCUUAUAUGUCCUGUAGGGGUAAAAACAAAACGUUUUGACUGUAUGAGUCUUGGACAUUGUAUUUUUGAGUUUUUCCAGACGAGCCCUCGAUGGGUGGUCAGUGGGUCUACAUGAGUAAAAAGGACGCAGAAGUUUUUAACAGUGAGAAGAGGAGGAGGAAGAACAUUUGCAUGAGGAUAAUCUACACUGUUGCAAUAGUCGGGAUUAAACCAAGUCAGUAAACCAGUGGAAAUUGCCAGCCACACCUCUUGUGUGAACGCUACACCAGAGGAAGGGAAAGAAACAGAUUUUAUAUCAAAAAUAGAAAAAAAGAUGCUGGAGAACUUUUCUGAAAAUUCCAAAGACUUGCAUCAGUUGGGCCAUCUGUUUCAUUUUCAAAACAUUUAUGAAGAUGUAUGCCAUCCAGGUAACAGCCUUACAAUGUUUUAUGUUUGUUUAUCCUUAAAAUAUGUAGGCAGUUCUUCUUGGAUCAUUUGCACAACGAAACACAGGAGAUUUUUUAAAAAACAUUUUUUAUUUCAGAAAAAACCACCAGCACCCAGAAAACAUUACAAUGGUGGUGGGAUCCAUGAUGUAGGAUCAUUAACUUACAUUGAUAUAAUAAUGCAACAUGGCCCAUUAGUAAAAAGCAAGCCAUUUAAAAGAUGCUAAACUGACUAUCAUUGCAAGGACUGCCUAUAAUUAGUACUGAAAUUACAGAACCAAUAAAAUAUUUUUAAAAUAAAUAUUGCUAGUAUAUUUAAACAUUAGGAAGCACUGGCAUUUCUAUGUUUUGUAUAUACUGAGUAUUUAUAAGGAACGAACAUCCAAAGUGUAAAUGUUACUCCUUCAAACUGUUUUUAAAAUGUGA